CAGACAGAGAGAGAUAGAGAGAGAGAGAGAGAGAGAGAGAGAGAGAGAGAGAGAGAGAUGGCUCUUGGCACCACUCAGUAGCAGACGCCACAAGUGGACCACACAAGCGAGAGGAUACUAGUGGAUACUCGACUCCCUCGACUGCCUUUUUUUUUCUUGGAUUACUUGGUGUGGCUGCUAAUUGCUUAAACCUGGGAACAACACAACGGCAGGUAGAGGAUGCGGUCCAAAAACAGCGGCGUGGAGAGAGAGGCCAACGGCGUCCUUGGGGUUCCGCAGGACGACCACGAGAACAGCCAGGAACAGGAAGUGGGUUUGCCCGUGAAAAGCCUGAAGACCAAAGUUCAGCAGAAUGAGAGCGAGGAUAAGGUGGAGGUGGAGGUGAUCACAGAUAAAGAGAAGCUGCUGUUUGAUUCCUCUGAGGCCAGAGAGAAAAGAAGGGACAUCAUGGACCUGUCCAGAGAGGAUCUGCUAAAACUGCUUGGGAUCAUGGAGGGAGAGGUUCAGGCCAGAGAGGACGUCAUCGGCAUGCUAAAGUCCAAACAGACUGAGCCAGAGACCCUCGAGUCCCGUUACGGCUCUGCAGUUCCCAACUCGGCCCUCCAGGCCCUGCAGAGAGACGGCUUCAACACUGGCACUGAGCCACACAACCACAGUGUCUACCAAAAGCCUAUGGCUGAGCUGGAGCGUCUGCAGGAGAAGCACAAGGACACGUACCGGAGGAUGCUAGGUCAGCUGCUGCUCGCUGAAAAGUGCCACCGCCGCACCGUCCACGAGCUGGAUACAGAGAAACGCAAACAUGUGGACUACAUGAACAAGAGCGACGACUUCACCAACCUGCUGGAGCAGGAGAGAGAGAGACUGAAGAGGUUACUUGAAAACGAAAAAGCCUACCAGGUCAAAAAGGAGAAGGAGCACUCUAAACGUCUGGCCAAGGUGCAAGAGGAGCUGGUCAAACUCAAGUCCUUCGCCCUGAUGUUGGUCAAUGAGCGCCAGCAGCACCUGGAGCAAAUGGACCAACAGAGCCAGCGGAUGCAGGAUCUCAGCCAGCAGCUGCAGCAACGGGAACAGGCACUGAGUGAAGCCAGGGAGCAUGCCCAGGAGGAUGGCCACAGGGUGCUGAGCCUGGAGGCUGAGCUGAAGGAGAAAUCAAAUAAGCUCACCCAACAACACGAAGAAAUGAGUGCCAAGCUGGCCAGUCAGGAGAGCCACAGCCGUCAACUCAACGUCAAGCUUUUAGGGCUUAUGCAUAAAGUGGAGGAGCUGGAGGAGAGCAACAGGGCCCUGAGGAAAUCUGAGGAGGAACUGCAGGAGCUCAGGGAGAAGAUUGGCAAAGGGGAGUGUGGCAACUCCAACUUGAUUGCUGAGUUGGAAAAGUUGCGGAAGCGGGUGCUGGAAAUGGAAGGAAAGGAUGAGGAGAUUACCAAGACUGAAAUUCAAUGUAGGGAGCUGAGAAAGAGGCUUCAAGAGGAGGACAAUACAGGUAAAGACCUAAAGCUAGAAGUGGAGAAGCUCCAGAAAAGGAUGAUGGAGUUAGAGAAGCUUGAGGAUGCAUUCAGUAUCAGCAAGUCUGAGUGUGCGCAGUUACACACUGCUUUAGAGAGGGAAAAGGGCCUUAGCAAAGAGCUCUCAGAUGAAGUCGUAGCUCUCAGGAUCCGUAUGAAAGAGCUUGAGUCUUCAGAACUCAAGUUGGAAAAGUCUGAACUGAGUCUUAAGGAUGACCUGAGUAAGCUGAAGUCACUGACGGUUGCUUUGAUGGAAGAACGAAAGACCCUAAUGGAAAGAAUGAAGUCAGGUGAGAAGAAACAGGAGGAUUUGAGUACAAUGGUCAAGGUUGAGCAGAGUAAGGUCAUGGAGGUGACUGAGAAACUGAUAGAAGAGAGCAAAAAGCUCCUGAAGUUAAAAUCAGAGAUGGAAAACAAAGUAGGAACUCUUACCAUAGAAAAGGGGGAGCUAAGCAAUAAGCUAGCUUAUGAAAUCGAUACAUCUAAGGAUCUCAAUUCUAAAGUCAGCCAAAUGAAAAAGAGGUUAGAUGGAUUUGAGCAAGCAGAGAAGCUGUCAGUGAAGAAUUUGAUGAAAAGUGACCCGGGACGAACACCUGACCCCAUAAGAAGAGAAGACAACCAGGUUAACGAUCUGACUUUUGAAAUUGAGCGCCUGAAAAAUCGCCUCAAACAACUUGAAGUGGUAGAAGGAGACUUGAUCAAGACGGAGGAUCAGUACGACAUGUUGGAAAAAAGGUUCAUGACUGAGCAGGACAAAGCCAACAUUCUCUCCCGGCAGGUUGAGGAAUUGAGGAAUCAGAUAGCUCGGAACAAAGCGAUUGAGAAAGGAGAGGAGGACAGCCAGGAAGAAGACCUCCGACAACGAUGCAAGAGAGAGGAGGUCAAAACGAGGGAACUGCAGGCUGAUGUAGUUGCUCUCAAAGAGAAGAUCCAUGAACUGAUGCACAAAGAAGACCAACUUUCUCAGCUGCAAGUAGACUACUCUGUCCUGCAGCAGAGGUUCCUGGAAGAGGAAGAGAAAGCAAAGAACAUGGGAACCGAAGUUUUCCAUCUCACCAAAGAGUUGGAGAUAGCAAAGCGCCACAGUCGAGCACUGAGGCCCAGCUUGAAUGGGAGGAGAAUGGUGGACGCGGCUGUGACUUCCACUGGAGUACAGACAGAGGCAUCGUCGUCUGGGCCUGCAGAGGAGGAUACCCCAGCUGUGUUUAUCAGGAAGUCGGUUCAGGAAGAAAAUCACAUCAUGAACAACCUCAGACAGAAGUGCCUCAAAAAGUCAGAAAAGUCUAUUGAGCGUUGUCCUUCAUCGAGCAGCGACAUGGGCUUGAAGAAAUCUUGGAUUCCCUGGAUGAGGAAAAAGGACAACCCCUCCCAAGAGACCAGCUUGGAAAAGUCUCUGCACAUUAAUGGAGGUCAUAUGCCCUCUGAACUGACCAUGUCCCCAAAGCAAGGGCAGCCCUUACACAUCCGAGUAACACCAGACCAUCAAAACAACAUGACCACUCUUGAGAUCAGAAGCCCUACGAGUGAGGACGUUUUCUCUAGCUCAGCUCCCCUCAGCCCCAACCCAGCUCAACCUAAAUCAAGAAUCACAAUCAUUCCCAGCUACUCUGCCCAAACCCCCAAAAGAAAGCCCACCACUGGACAUCAGGGUCUUGAAAGAACAAAGUCUCCAGUCACCAUCACAACUAUAUCCAGAGCCAAAUCUCCUGAGAGCAACCGACCUUGCUCCACUGCUUCAGGCAGGCCAUUGUCCCCUGUCUCCAUUAUGACAGUCAGCACUUCUGUAGUUUCUGAAGCCUCCGCCUCCCCAGAGCCACAGGAGAUGACUAUGGGCCGAGCUGUGUUCAAGGUUACCCCAGAGAAGCAGAUGGUCCCGGUGCCUAUACGGAAGGGUCACAACAGCACCAGCAUCAUCACCACCACUGAAGAUAAUAAGAUCCAUAUUCACCUAGGCAACAGCAUGACCCCAAAGAUGGUCAUCAGGCCAGUGGCUGCUGUGUCAGAGAGCAGAGAGAUGACCUUAUCAACUGGGACAGUUUUGCGCUCGCCCCGCCAAAUCACCACCACUACUACCAGGAGCUCACAGAGCAAAGUGAUGAGCAGUAUCACGAUUUCCCCUGUUACCUCCUCCACAUCCAAACCAACACAAACCAUGACCGGGCAUGAUGCCCAACAGCCUCGCACGGGGCUGACCCGAAUCCCAAUGUCAAAGAGCCUGAAGACGGGGAAAGCUGUGCUGGGAUCCAUGGGCAUCUCGGGGGGAGUGAAGCUUGAGUCGCGAGCCGAGACACAGUCUAUGAGGAUAGAAGUGAGGAAAUCCACUGUGAACAGCAAUGCUCUACAAAAUGGAGGCAAAGCCUGAUUGACUCAAUAAUAGUCUCCACAUACAAUUUUCAAAUACAUUAUCUAAAUUUGGGGCUUCAGAGGGAUUAAGACAACACUCACAAUAAGAAAAAAGCUCUGAUGUCUCUAACCAACUAUUUCAUAACCAAGCCAUUUAUUUUUGUAAAGUAUUUUAUACUUCUUAGUCUCAUAUCUAUUUCUGUGAUAUGGAUGAAUUCAUAUUCUUUGUAUUAUCAGUAUGUAUUGUGAUGGGCAUUUGGGUUGAAUAUCAUAUCGGACUGUGCUGCUACUAACUGCCUCGUGCUUUGAGUGACUUUGUGGAUAUAUUUUGUAUUGAACCGUUAUAGACCAGAAUACUUUACUAAUGUAAAUUAUGUUUAUUUUUUUCAGUGAAAGAUAUGUACUUAAUAUGUGUUAUAAAAUAAAUAUCUG